UUGUGAAUAAUUGGUGUGCAAGUUUUGCAGUCAAACGAAUUAUCUAAUUGGGUUUUGGGAAUAAAAUUUAAUAAAAGAAAAUGUCUGUAAUAACCAGUGCCAUUAAGGCAUCAUUAACAAAGCUUUGCCAAGCAUCGACUGCUCUCGUAAAAUCAUCAUCAUCUACGAAACCUGCCGUCUCUAUAACCAUCAACCGAAAUCUCUCAUGGGAAGAGAGAAGAGCACGAGGACCACUAGUGCGUCGGUAUGGCUACAAAGACCAUAUACUACAAGGAGGUCUACUGCCACAUUUAGACAAUGGUCAAAAACUGCCGAUGCCAGUGUACCGGCCCAAAAAUCCAUGGACAUCUAAACGAGCGCUAUUUGGUCAAAAUGAUUAUAUUGAUAUUCUUGGUAAUGAUCGAUUGCAUCCCACUAGGGUUCUAUAUUCAGUGCCGUCGUGGUUACGAGGUGUCUCCGGAAAUGAAUACCAAUUAUUGUUGCGGAAACGUAAGAUGUUAUCAAAUACAGUCGCUCCGAUUGCCCGACCGACCAAAUGGCGUCAAAUGGAAAAACGUAUUUUGUAUUUGUAUAAAUUUUUGAACCGCAAAACGAAAACGGGAUAUAGCAAGCAAUAAAUAAACAUAUGUUUUCAUCCUUAUUA